AUGCCGCACGUGAUACUGAACGACGUAAACAAAUUAUCCCUCUUGCGAACGUUGGAAAACGGACGAUAUCUCAGCAUGGGAUUUCGAUCUUGGGAUUUGUACGAAUUUCCUCUACUUCAGAGCACGACGAAGCAUUCGUGGGCUGUGAAGACAACGUCGCAUUUGGAAAAACCACGAUACGUGAUCCUUUCGCUUCAAACUGGAAAGCGAAACGUACUCUCUCAGGAUAGUACUCAUUUCGACGAGUGCGCGCUCGCCAACGUGAAACUCUUUUUGAACUCCGAUUUUUUUCCAUACAAUAAUAUGAAUGUGGAUUUCGAACGUAAUAAAGUCGCAAUACUAUACGACAUGUAUGCAAAAUUUGCGAACUCCUACUACGGCUACGAAAGAAACGAAGCUUUGUUAUCACUCGCGCAAUUUAUUUCGUCCGCCCCACUCGUGGUGAUCGAUUGCUCUCGUCAAAACGAAUCUGUAAAGAGCGCAACCGUGGACAUUCGUAUCGAAUUCGAAUGUAGAAAGAACAUUCCACCGGACACCACGGCCUAUUGCCUAAUUAUUCAUGACAGAGUAAUAGAGUACAAUCCAUUGACAAAUGUCGUUCGUAAAAUUAUCUAA